AUGACUGAUAAUGAAGUUUAUAACUUUGUCUUUAGUAGUUCUGCUACUGCUUAUGACGACCCUACAUACUUGCUUUUAAAUGGCAAUAGUAAAUAUUUCACUGAGGAAAUAUUAAAGGAUCUAUGUGCAUCUGAUAAGAACAGGAAUGUUCCCUUCUCUACUUCAAUCCCGUUGGAGCACAUAAAUCAGCCUAUACAUGAUGGAGCUGGAGUUCGUGAUUAUAUUCAUAUUUUAGACUUGGCUCAAGGAUAUUUAUCAGCAUUGAGUAAAUUGCUGAAAGGUGGUAUUAAUGUAUAUGGUGUUUAUAAUUUAGGAGCUGGAGUUGAGUAUUACGUCCUUGAUAUAGCGAUAUUGCUUCAUGUUAUGCAAGCAUUGAGAAGGCAGCUGACGAGCUCUGUUGGAAAUCAAAGCUAG